UGGUCUCAGGUAUCUGAAGCUUCAAGAUAGGCCAGAACUAGGACCUCAACUGGGUCAUCAAGAAUGAUGGAUCACAUACGUUAGGGAAAGAGAAGAUGCCUUCAAAUCAAAGGCCACGAAGCCUUUUGUCAAAUUGGUCAUGGAUGGACCACUGGUACCGCCACCAAAUCCUGUGCGGCUCGUAGCUGUGGUGUUUCGGAGCGCUGCGCUUGCGCGCGAACACAGCCAUGGGUCGCGUGCGAACGAAGACGGUGAAGAAGGCUGCACGGGUCAUCGUGGAGAAGUACUAUGCCAAAUUGACCUUGGACUUCCAGGUCAACAAGAAGAUCACGGAGGAGGUGGCCACCAUCCCCUCCAAGCGCCUGCGCAACAAGAUCGCAGGCUUCACCACGCACUUGAUGAAGCGCAUUGGCAAGGGUCCCGUCCGUGGCAUCUCCCUUAAGUUGCAGGAAGAAGAGCGCGAGAGGCGCAUGGAGUUUGUCCCUGAUCGAUCAGAGGUCAAUACGGACUACAUUCAGGUGGAUGCUGACACCCGUGACAUGCUGAAGGAGAUGGAGAUGGAUCGACUGCCCAACAUCGCCACCUCCAACAGCACGUUGACCGGCAUGUCCAUGCGAAAGUAAGGAGAACCGAGAACGACAUCACAGUGGCUGGCACAGAAAAAAA